ACCCUUUCAAUCCCAGCCGGCCGCUCUGAAUUCGAAGGGAAGCUGCAAAAUAAAUCACACAGCAUGGAGAACACACAAGUGUCUCCUCGUUACAAGACGACCUCCCUCCCCGUACCGUCGUCUACUGCCUCACAUAUUGCUCACCUAUCUGGCUCCCGGUUACAAAUACGGUCGCUUGCGACCUUUGAAAUUGUUCGCAAUAUCGCCCUUCCUCCAUCACACGACCUGCGCAAUUCCACUCUCGCGUGGUCACCGCCCGCCCACGUCCCCGCUUCCAACUCGAGAUCUACCUCCGCGUCUACACCACCGCGCCGUAGUCGCAGUCGCGCACCUUUGCUCACCUCCCACCGAUUUCUUGUAGCUGACGACGACACUAUACGGGUAUACGACUUGCGCGACGACAAAUGGAACGCCGUCGUCAGCAAUGGAUCGGGGAGUAUGGGGAAGAAUGUACACGUCGAGUUCGGAAGAGAUGAAAACGAGAUACUGGUCUGGAGUGCGUUUACGAGUCGCCUGGUCCGGUGGUGUUUGAUAACGGGAAAGAGCAUCGAAGUGAGGGAUCCAAAGUUCGAAGGGAAGAUGGGCAGAGGGUGGGGGUAUCGACCUCGUAGGGAAAACGACGGCUGUGUGGACAGAAAAGGGAAUGGGAAAGGGAAUGUCAUGGCUGUACUGUGUCGAAGCUCUGGACAAGAUAUUCUGCUGCUCCUCACAUUACCAACGUAUGCCGUGUUGAAGAAAGUCGAUCUUCCGACUACGGAUGCCCAGGGCUUGAAAUGGAGUCGCGACGGACGGUGGCUGGCCAUCUGGGACUCAGCAGCAAGCGGCUACUUCCUACACAUCUACACCGCAGACGGUCAUUUCUACCGCACUAUCACCCGUGAACCCUCAGUCGAGCACAACGAAUGGGGCGUCGAAGGCCUGGGCAUCAAAUCCGUCGAAUGGGUCCCCGGAAACGAAUGGCUCGCCGUCGGCGGCUGGGACCGCCGCGUACGAAUCCUCUCCACCCGCACCUUCACUCCAACCGUCUACCUCGACCACACACCCGAAAUCAACGUCCCAACCGCAACCGUCUACACCGAAUCCGUCGACAGCACAAACACCCGCACCUACACGUUGACCCCACAACCCACCACCCCUCCCAAACCCAUGCUCGAAAAAAACGAAACAGGCAUCAUGAAACACGGCAUCAGCAUCCUCUCCUUCAACAAAUCGGGAACCUUCUGCGCUACCCGCGACGACUCCACCCCAUCCACGAUUUGGAUCUGGGACCUUGUCUCCCUCAAACCCGCAACGAUCCUCAUCCAACACUCCCCCGUGAAAUCACUCACAUGGCACCCCACUGACCCCUUUUCCCUCCUCAUCCAAACAACCCACGACUCCCCAACCCUCUACAUCCUCUCCCUCUCCCUACCGUUCCGCACCCACUCUCCCGCUACCUCCACAACAACAACAACAACAACAACAACAUCAACCCUCACCUCACAACCAUCCCCGAUCCAACCCCCAACGAUCCACACCCUCUCCCCAUCCCUCCCUAAGCCCCCAUCCUCCCUCCCCGCAAAAUGGCUCUCCCGCUGGCUCGCUCCUCCCCUCCCUCCCUCCCAAUCCAUGGAAAUAAAAAAACCAGCCCUCCUUCUCGCACACUCGACCGCGUAUAUAAUCGUCUGGCCACACGGUAAAGACCAAAUCCUCCGAUUCGAAAAAGAAGAUGGCGCGGACGACAGCGACGAUAGUUUGUAUGAGAUCUUGACGGGGAGGAAAGGUGGGGGUGGCUUGCUCCCGCUCGUCGAUGAUGAUGGUGAUGAUGGGGAGGUGGAUUGGGAGGAGGCUGUUGGUAGCGGUGGUGAGGACGAGGAGGACGAGGUAGAUGGGGGAAUGGGGUUCGAGGAUACGUUUAGAGGGAAAGGUGGGGCGGGGGCGUAUGCAUAUGGAGGGAGAGGAAGAAGUGUUUUGGGGGAAAGUGGGUUGGAUGAGAUGUUUUAGUUUUUUCUUUUUUUUCUUCUUCGAUUUCUUGCGGAAGGGAGGGGGCGGUUGGGAAAGUCAAUAUAUAAUCUUAUGGUUUCUAUCGUUUCCCCUCGUACGUUUUCCUAUCGCCUCUCUCCCGUGUAUGUGUAGAGAAAACUUGUUAAUGUUAUUG